AUGGGACGAGUAGUUUUUCUGGCGAUUUUUGCCGCCGUGCUGGUUCAGACUUUCGCCCAGGAAGAGUCGACGGUCCUCCCGACGGGGUUAGAGCCCGUGCCGACGCCCGGGCCGUGCGAGAGCGAGCCGUGCCUACACGGCGGCACCUGUACGGAGCGGGCCGGCGGAGUGGCGUGCGAGUGCGCCCCGGGGUUCCAGGGAACACACUGCGAGACUGAAAGCGAUGAGUGCACCCCUAACCCCUGUGUACAUGGAACCUGUCAGGACCUGGUCGCUGACUACACCUGCGACUGUCUGCAGGGAUACAUGGGAAGGAACUGUGACCAGCCUGUCCCAGCAUGCCUCGGCCCACUUCCCGAGGGGUCAUCACCAUGGCAACGCAACAUGACGGGAUCUGUCGUGACGGUGGAGUGGGGGUACGCCAAGGAGACCUGUAACACCUGGCAGACAUGUUUCGGCGUGCCGGCCGCGGCAGGUGAGGGGGUCCUGCAGGUGCAGCAGAAACCACUGGAGAUUCAGGAGGGCGUCAGGGUCAGGUUCCAGCCAGACAGUCAGGAGGUAGAGUUUGCCAUCCAGCCAUACAAGGUCUCCCGGGAGGGGUUUGAGCAGUGCAGUAUAACACAGGGCAGGGCGACCACGGACAGACCCACAGCAGUUCCCUUUGAACUGGACCCAGAGUUUCUCAACAUCGGAAGCAACUACUUCAUAGUGAACACAGACAGUCCCCUGUUCCGGUGUGACUUUGGGUUGAGGAUUAACAUCACUGUGAAGCCGAACCUGUGCCGACCAGCGGAGCAGCCAGGCACGGACCUGUGUAACAACCGGGGACACUGUCUGUCCUGGAGAACUCAGGGAAGUUUCUCCUGUGAGUGCUGUGAGGGGUACACAGGGCAGUACUGUGAGGAGAUGGACGGUUGCCAUAGUAACCCAUGUGAAAACGGGGCCACAUGUUUGGACAUCAGGGACGACCUGGGGGAAGGCAACUUCACCUGCAUCUGUCCACCAGGUUAUACAGGAGCCAGCUGUUCAGACCAGAUAGACUACUGUGCUGAGUCGCCCUGCCAGAAUGGAGCCCAGUGCCUCAGUGUGGAGUACGGACCACAGUGUGUCUGUCUAGCUGGUUUCACUGGUGACCUUUGCCAGUUGACCCUUGACCCGUGCGACAGUCGGCCAUGCCAGCACCAGGGCGUGUGCCGGAGUAACGUGACGCACUACUCCUGCGAGUGUCCCCCUGGCGUCAGCGGCCGGAAGUGCGAGGUCAACGCCGACGAGUGUGCCUCGAGUCCGUGCCGACAUGGGGUGUGUGUGGACAGGGUUAACGGCUACCAGUGCUACUGUGUGCCAGGUUUUAACGGGCACCACUGUGAGCACGAGUAUGACGAGUGUCUGUCGGACCCCUGCCUGAACAACGGAGCCUGCGUGGACCAGCUGAACCGCUUCACCUGCGAGUGCGGGGAGGGGUACAGGGGAGAGAGGUGUGAGAUCAAGGUCGACCUCUGCGCUUCUAACCCCUGUAAGAACGCCACGGCAUGCAUCGACCAGGGGAACACUGUACACUGUGUGUGUGCUCCAGGAUUCACAGGUUCCCAGUGUGAGUUUAAGGUGAACCCGUGCCAGAACAACCCCUGCAGACACGGUGGAACGUGCCAGCCGCACGGUUCUGAGUACAUCUGUGUGUGCAUGGAGGGGUACAUAGGGAAGGACUGUACAGAUGUAUCCCUGGAGGCAGAAGGAGACACGGGUUUCUACCACUCCCCAGUCUUCCACGAGCACAUGCGCAUCCUCUACACAGUCACCGGUAUCCUAGCAACCGCCUUCGUCGCCGUGAUCGCCGUGGUGAUGUACGGCGUGUGCCGCGCCCACCACUGGUUCAAAGGUUACGACGAGUUUGACUCGUUGCCUGACGACGGUCAGAGGUCGAGGAGGGUGUCGAUUGAGGACACGGGGAGCAGGUCUGGCACUCCGGUUCGGAGAUCCCGUCGGGUCCAUGACUAUGUGGAAACCAGCAGUAUCCACCAGCCCCGUCCGUCUGUCCAGGCCAUCUACGAGGCCACCAGCGUCGACUUUACCGACAUCAGCGGAGACCAGCCUCUACUCAACUCUCUCAAACCUAAGAGAGUCUAACAACAACAUGGAUCAUACGGCAUGUCUAACAUGUAGGAUCAUACGACAUAUUGGUACCCAGAAAGUCAGGGAUAGGGUCUAUAUAGCAUGUAAGUUGAACGUACUGCACCUGCAUGAAACCCUGAUUUUCCAAGGUUUUUGUUGGAUCAUCAGUUUGAUC